AUGACACCGAAUUCAGAUAUUCACCAGCCUCCUGUUUCUCGCACGGUCGAAUAUCAUCGACCAUCGAGGAACAGUGCACACUACUCUGCUGGGACGGAUGUUUCCCUGGGAAUGGUCUCAGCUUCAGCAUCGAGUAACACCUCGUCACCACGUAUCCCUCAAGCUCCUCAGAAUGGUGUAGGCGGAGGUGCGCCAUCAGCCUAUCGAUCGCCCGUCAUCUCCACUCCUAUGGGAUUCGAUUCGCCAACUAGCUUACAACCUUCACGUGCGGCACCAUUACCUCCCGGUUCAAGGAGAGAAUCUCAGAAUUAUCCUUCCACCUCAUCGUCAUCUAAACCAUCCGGUGGAUACAAAUCAUCUACCAACUCACCUAAUCCCAAUCGAUAUUCGGCAGGCGCAUCUUACGCCAACAACAACAUGAUCAUGUCUUCCAACAAUUCAAAUGGGGUGUUACCACCCCUUAGACCGACCAGAGCAGGUACUUUACCGUUGGGUGAACAUCCAGGUGCAAGUGGUGGGAUAUCAAAUGGUUGGGAUCCAAUGUCACCUACAACUUCUUCGAGAAGUCCCAAUCCACACAUAACAAAUAGCCCAUCAACAAUGAACAGCUCUUCAUUCCUCCCUGUCCAACAGCCACCACCACUCCAACAUCAACCUAUCUCCGCACCUGUGAAUCCCUACUCGACGCAAAAUCUGGAAAAGAGCUUCGAAGAUGCUAAGAUCGGACUGGGUGUUGGUGUACCCCUCCAAGUGGGUGAACCGAAGGAUAAAGAUCUGCCGAAAGAACCGGCUACGAUAGGUAGGAAUAGAAGUGGGACGGGGAAGAGCAGUAAAGAUAAAAAGAGUGUUUUUGGAUUCAUGAGUGACCUUCUGACUACAAGUAAACCACCUGUCAUAUCAACUCCUUACGAUCCCAUUCACCUGACCCACGUCGGAUUUGACUACAACACCGGGCAAUAUACGGGUAUGCCCCAAGAAUGGCAGAAAAUCUUGGAUGAAAAUGGUAUUACUCGAGCAGAACAAGAAGAGAAUCCUAAUGAGGUACUCGCUGUCGUCCAAUAUUUCAAGAACCGUGACGCUCAACAGGAAAGUCAGGAAGACGAAGUCUGGCAGAAGAUGAGGAAUGCCGGUCCCGCUCACACUCCAGAUUCACCUAGUUUACCGCCCAAGGAUAUGACAAUGUCCAGAGAAGGAAGUUCGGAAGGAGGUGCACUGAGAGGCGAUCAAUUUGCUAAUCCUCGAGCUGCUCCUGCUCCUCCUGCUAAAGCUGGGCCACCUCGAAUGCAAGCCGAGCGACCGCCACCUGCUCCACCAGGACGAUUACCACCUACCGAGCUCACCAAGCCAGCUCGUCUGGCCCCUGGUCAAUCCUCGUCUUCUGGAUCUUUGCCACUUGAUCGAUCAUACUCCCAGCGUACACCACCCACCCAUCCACCAAAACAAAAACCCUUGGAUCGAGCCAAUACCACGCGUGCACCUACAACUAAACCCUCCGCAUCCGGGUCAGUACCAAUGGGCAAAUCUCAUUCUCAGCAGGGUCAAGGCCAAAGAGGAGGUCCUUCACCUUCUGGAUCCGGCGGUGCUGGAUUGGCAAGAAACCAAACACAAGGUGGUACAAGUCGACAACAAGGUGGUGCCACGCCCAGAAGGAGGGACAAACAGAAGGAGAAUGAGGAAGUUAUCAGACAAUUGCAGGCUAUCUGUACACCUGGAGAUCCCAAUGCGGUAUACAAAAACCUCGUCAAGAUCGGUCAAGGUGCAUCGGGUGGUGUGUACACAUGUCACGAUCGCCAUGGAUAUCCUGUAGCCAUCAAGCAGAUGAACUUGGAAAAACAACCCAAACAAGAUUUGAUUAUCAACGAAAUAUUGGUUAUGAGGGAAUCGGCCCAUCCGAAUAUAGUGAACUUCAAAGAUUCAUACCUUUGGAAAGGAGAUUUAUGGGUUAUAAUGGAAUAUAUGGAAGGUGGAAGUCUGACAGAUGUUGUCACGGCUCAUUGCAUGUCUGAAGCUCAGAUUGCAGCUGUUUCAAGAGAAGUAUGCGAGGGUUUGAGACAUCUUCAUUUAAAGGGAGUGAUUCAUAGAGAUAUAAAGAGUGAUAAUAUCUUGUUGUCGAUCAAUGGUGAUGUCAAGUUGACCGACUUCGGAUUCUGUGCAAGAAUCGCUGAUCCAUUACAUACCAAACGAACUACCAUGGUCGGUACGCCUUACUGGAUGGCGCCUGAGGUAGUCAAGAGAAACGAGUACGGACCUAAAGUCGAUAUUUGGUCGUUGGGUAUCUUGGCCAUCGAAAUGCUUGAAGGUGAACCACCAUACCUCAACGAAAACCCCGUCAGGGCAUUAUACCUCAUCGCCACGAAUGGUACUCCCAAAGUGAAAGAUUGGGAUAGACUCAGUACGAAUUUCAGGGAUUACUUGAAAUGCACUUUGACGGUUGAUGCGGAGAUCAGACCCAACGCGGAUCAGCUCUUGAAGCACGAGUUCUUCAAACAUUGCGCUCCGUUGACUUCGCUGUCGAAUAUGAUCCGUGCAGCAAGAAAGGGAUAG